CCCUUUGCCUCCCUCCGCGAGCCUGGCGCUCCCUUUACCGCUGUCUCUCUGCUGUUGGCGGGGGUCGCUGUUGCAGCGCUAUGGCUUCGCCCGCUCGCCCUGUUCCGACGUCGCCUCAGCCCGUCACUCACCUCAUCUUUGACAUGGACGGUCUCCUCCUGGAUACAGAACGCCUUUAUACUAUUGUGUUCCAAGAAAUCUGCAACCGCUUUGGAAAAACCUAUACCUGGGAUGUAAAAUCCUUAGCAAUGGGUAAAAAGACACUGGAGGGAUUAACGAUCAUACGAGAUGCCCUGGACCUUCCGAUAACCAUAGAAGAACUACUGCAUGAAAGUACAACAAAGCAAGAAAAAGUCUUCCCCACAGCUGCGUUGAUGCCAGGUGUUGAAAAACUAAUCCGCCAUCUACAUCAACACAACAUACCCAUAGCUGUUGCCACCAGCUCAUCUCAGGUGACAUUUGAAAUGAAAACAAGUCGACACAAAGACUUCUUUAAUUUAUUUCAUCAUAUUGUGUUGGGAGAUGACCCUGAAGUGAAGGCUGGCAAGCCACAGCCUGAUGUGUUUUUAGUCUGUGCAAAGAGAUUUAACCCUCCUCCGCCUCCAGAAAAGUGUCUUGUAUUUGAAGAUGCCCCCAAUGGAGUCAAGGCAUCACUGGCAGCGGGAAUGCAAGUGGUAAUGAUUCCAGAUGAAAACCUGAACAAAGAUCUUACGAAGGAAGCAACUCUAGUACUCAAGUCAAUGGCUGAUUUCAAACCAGAAUUGUUUGGUUUACCACCAUUUGAUUGAAAAUAGUUUAAUUUUUAAAACAUUUUAAUUUAGCUAUAUUGAUUUCAGGGGGGGAGGCUUUUUAGACUAUUGUAAUCAUAUGUCCCACUUUUAUUAUUAGACUUUGCUGAAAAUCUCAUUCAUUUAAAUAGCACAAAUGGAAAGAUUGUACACCAGACACCUUGCCCUUGAAACUUAUAGCCACUUAGAUGGGAACUCAAAAGGCCCAUCCAGUACUAAACACAGGAGGUAGAUUUUCAUAGGGAUUGCAGCAUAUCAGCUGUGAUCGCAAAGAAAUGUAUCCCACCCAGACAGCAAUUAGACUUAGGCACAAAGCUCUCAUUGGUGCCAGUCAUUGGGAUCAUGGCUGCAGAGGAAAGGGUUGAAAAUCCUCAUAUCAUAGAGUUAGGGAUUGGCUGAGCAACUACCUGUAACUAUUUCCAUUCUGUUUAGGUCUCAUUGGCACUCAAUCAUUGGUCUAGCCCAUCUGUUCAGACUCAUUCUGUCCCAUUGUACACAUUUUGCCUGCCCUUUUUACAUUAAGUGCACAUUUUUCAGUGCUCUUCAUGUGUAAAAUAUGCAGUUGGUACACAUCUUUUACAUAAAUUAUGUACUUUUGUGCACAUAAAAUGCAUUGCAAAAUCUGGAGAAGUGCAUAAUCUGACCGGGCGUUCCAAUCCACCCGCAAGUUCAGGUGUUUCAGGUUGGGUUGGACCAUUCCAAAAAAACAAAACAAGAAACCAAAUCAAUUACUCCCUCAUCCCUAAAAGCAGUAUAAGGAAAAACAGUAUAUGCAGUUUCCUUUAGUGUGUCUAAAUGGGUCUUGAAUUAUGUCUUUUUUUUUCUGCCUUGCUUGAAAUUCCGCAUUUCUAUAAUGUUCUGGCUUCAUCUUGUACUAUAUCAUGUACUAUAAGCCCAUGAUACAAAAUCUGUUGCAAAAUUCUUACUUGCCUGGAUCAAAGCCAGACAAACAGGUUGUAAGACUGCAGGCAGGACUCUGCUAAUUUGAACGUUUCUUUCCAAGUAAUUGUUUUAGUUGUGUGAUUAUAAUUCCUUUAUACAGUUGCUACCAGCCCAACAGAAUAUUUCUCUUGUCGCUGUCUUUGCUUGCACAGACUGGUCAUGUUCCUUUGCUGUUCUGUUUUUAUUUUCAUUGUGCUUUUUCCUUUCCCAAUGGUAGAGAAAACAUCUCUUGCUAGCUUCAGGAUCCCUCUGCUAAGUGCCAAAACAGUUCUACCUCUCCUCCUCCCUGUUUAUCUUGAUUGAGUUAACCUUGUCUGGUGACUUCUUGAUUGCAUCAUUUGUUCAGAUUUAGUUUUCUGGGUAAUGUUUUCAUUGUUGCCUUUUCUGAUGCUUUGAUCGGAACAGCACCAUCCUCGCAUGUCUUGAGAUGGCAUCUGCAAUGUUGUCCAUGGGAAACAGAAUUGUAUGUACCUAGCACUGACCCAUAUUCAAAUUCUUUAUCAGGAAAAAGUAAAUUAUUGGGUUUAAAUAAAUUCUGCUAAUAAAAAUGUUUGCAUUUCUUCUUCUUCACUGUAAUUCCAUUUCUGCUAUACGUUUGUUUUCCCACCUACAUGAUUAUAGGCUACUUGGCCAGUACUAUUUGGAGAGAGUCUUUAAAGACUCCCUCAAGGCAAAACUUUUUAAAAAAGUAGUUUAAACACCGACAACUGGGAAACACUGGCCUGCGGGCGCUCCAAUUGGAGAACAGCCUUUACCAAAGGUGCCGUGGGCUUUGAAGAAGCACAAACUCAGGAUGAAAGGGAGAAACAUCCUAAGAGGAAGGCACGCUUGGCAAACCAUCACUGUGAUCAACUCCCACCUGGAAACCUAUGUCCCCACUGUGGAAGGGCGUGUGGAUCCAGAAUUGGCCUCCACAGUCUCCUAUGGACUGUCAAAACCAUGUUCAUGGAAGGCAAUCUUACUCGGCUACAAGUGAUUGCCAAAGAAGAAGACUACAGUGGUACCUCGGGUUACAGACGCUUCAGAUUACAGACGCUUCAAGUUACAGACUCCACUAACCCAGAAAUAGUACCUUGGGUUAAGAACUUUACCUCAGGAUGAGAACAGAAAUUGCACGGCGGCAGCGGAAGGCCCCAUUAGCUAAAGUGGUACCUCAGGUUAAGAACAGUUUCAGGUUAAGAACAGACCUCCGGAAUGAAUUAAGUUCUUAACCUGAUGUACCACUGGAUUUGGAAUGGUGCACCCAAUGCCACUGUGAGUCCACAGUGUAUAACUCAGGUGUUAUCCAUUACACCAGUGGUUGCCAAACCUUUUAAGUGGUCUUACUAGUUUUUCUGUCCGUCUGCUAGAUGCUGUAUGAUUUAACACUAUUUUUAACACCCAAGCUAUGGACCACUUGAAUGAAGCUCCUGCAUUAGGCUCUUCAUAGCUAUAGUUCAGGAGAAGAUAUCUUCAGUGCUGUUUUUAUAGAAAAAGAGGUGCCAGAACUCACCAUGAACACCUCCCUUGUUCUCUUAUAAUAGCAAUGGCACCCAUCUGAGAGAUGCUAGAACUGAGUUCUUGUGAGUUCCAUCUGUGGAAAAAAGCCCUGGGUAUCUUCAUGUUGGAAUGUUUUGUACUGCUUGAUGCUUAAUGGACAUCAGUCCCUCAGUUUUUCAGAAAUUCUUGAAUUCAAAUUUUCUUUUGGGCCCAUUAACCAUGCAUUACCUAGGAUAAUUUGGCUUUAAUGGAGCUAUUUAUAUCACACCUUUAUGUAGCUAGCUAUAUAGCUCAAAUAGCUUUACACAGCCUUCUGCAUCUUAAUUCCUCCAAGUCUGGUAAUGGAAUUAUUUGCAAUGUGUGUAUCCAUACAUUUUUCUACUAAGGAGGGUCCUUUCAUUUUAUUUUAU